UAAGCAUUAACGACCAUUGUAAUUAAUUACAUCGACGAUGUGGAUAGCACAAGGUUUCUUUGAUCAAGACCCAGUUCAAGCUACAGAAACUAAAUCGAGGGUUCUGAAGCCAGGAUGCAAUGUUGCCAUAGGCAGAAAGAAUCAACCACUCAUCAUCAACAGCAAAAAGAUUUCGGCUGAGCAUUGCGUGCUCAGCGUAGGAGACUUUUCACUGGAAGAUGUUCGGGAUCCCGAAAAGAGACCUACACUACAGGUUUUCAACCCAAGAGACAAGAUAAUGUCGGUCCGCCGAAAUGGAGAAUUGGUUGCUCUCAAUAGCAAAGCAACUAUGGACCUACAGUCCGGUGACGAACUUGGCCUUGCUAAUGGCAUCAUGGUGCUUGUCACUUGGCAGCUCACAUGCUAUAUAUCACAUCCAACCCCUUCCAUUAUCUCAUCCUGCGCUUCUUUGGGCAUCAGCGCCCUCACAAACCCACAUCCUUCAGUAGACUAUCAUAUUAUAGGCGCGUACUCCUUCAGCCCUGAAAUCGGGACGUCGCUUCUAUCUCGAUGUAAUUUUGUCAAGCUCGAAUGGCUGGAAAAGGUCAUUGAGCUCUGUAACAAAUCUAACACUCAAGACUACAUUCCACCUCCACUUUCAAAGUAUCGACCGGCAUUCUCCCCUUCCUUGGCUCAUCAAUAUAAAAACUUCAGUAUUUGGGAACCAGAUCAGAGGAGGAAUGAGCUUUUUCAUGGUCAUCGCUUCCUCUGCGUCGCCGAAAAGGACAAUGACAUUGAUAGUACUCUUCGAGAGUUCGUUGCGAGAGGUUCAGGGGCCAUACAGACUUUUUGCGUCUUUAAUGGAACCUUGAAGUGGCGGGAAGCGUUGAAACGAGGAACAGCCAAAGAUGCAGUUUUGGUUUUAGUAGCUGAUCAAGCAACCGUCACCGCUGCCUUUGGGGAGACCGGUUGGCAAGAUUUGUACGAGGAAGCUUCUAGGUACCAUAAACGUUUUUUCUCGACUCUGGAUCUCAUACAAGCUGUCUUAAAUGCGGAUACGGCCAUAUUUCGGGUUCCAGUUGACGAUAACUCUCAAAAUCGAAAAGAUGACUGUGGUUCCUCCCCUCUCCCAGAUUGUGUUCCAAAUUCCAUACCGGAUGAGAUGACCGUACCUCCACCCCAGCCUGAGGCAGAACGACCUGCUUCCCGGAGACGCGCCCCGUCUCGUCAGCCAUCUGAGGAGUCUACUUCUCAACCUCAUAAACCUCUUACUCGGCGGCGUGCACCCUCCCAAGAAUCCAACUCACAAACCACUCAGUUGGAGGAUGAUCCACCUCCACCGCCUCGCAAACCUCUUACGCGCAGGAAUGCCCCAUCGGAAGCGCGCAGUUCACAACCUGCAGAAACUCAGGUGAAAGAUGAUCAACCCCCGCCACCCCGCAAACCUCUCACACGCAGGGUGAAAGCAGGAGUCCCUGUCUUGUCAGGUUUGGGUGAUUCAUCAGUCAUCAUAAAUGCAGCUGUAGCAGCUUCCGAUCUAUCCAAACCCGAUUCUCCAGCUCCCAUUGUACCCAUGAUUCUGGACUUGACAGCGCCCGUACCCCCACGUCCAUCGAAUUUGAAGAGACGCCACGGAGGAGAUAGUGCUCAAUCCAGCUCUUUAGCUGCCAGCGAGCCCUCCGAAGAGCCUGUGCUCAAAAAGUUCAAAGCUCUUUUUGAAGCUACCAAUGAUCCAGAGCAAGCCGACGUCCUCAUGAGUCAGCUUCCGGUCGCUGACGAACCCCCAUCACAAACACAAACUCAAUCGGAAACCCGUGUCAAUUCUCGGAAGACUACUGUCACUGCUCAUCAGACAUUAGAUACGAUAUCGGAAGAUACUCAGGAAUCUCAGACCACGAAUUCAAGCUCUACGAACCCCAAGGGCAAAAAGCGGAAAAUAGCCGCCGACAAUGAUGACAUAAUCAGCGUUGAGGAGGCGCUUUCACCGACAGCUUCCAAAUCUCGAUCUAGCUCUGCCGCUCCUCCUUCCAAGAAACGGGCCAUCGAAAAAGUCAAUGCCGUUGAACCCAGCUCACAGAAGCCGUCUUCUACUGCGAAAAUUGUGAAGGCUUCGGGUGCACUUCCUGGCAAACCCGAUACCGACCCUGUCUUCUUGAAGGCCGUGACUUCCACUAAGCGAGGAAAAAAGGCUGAAGACGAUUUCGACCGGGAGUUCAACAAAUUGAAAAUCUCCAAGCCAGAAUUGGAUCGCAGCAAAGAAAACCCCGAGGAUCAAUGGGCCAUUUUGGAUGAUUUUGGUAAUGAUCGAAACAUUCGAGGAAAUUUCAUGGUCAUUGUCGAGAUGGAUGUCUACAAAGAUCGCUUUCCGGAUAAACGAGCUGCUGCAAAUAAUCCAGAGUGGAGGGGCCAGCCCAACUUCAAGAAAUUCAACCGCGAGCAUAUUCGGCCAAAGUCGAGGAAAAUAGAGCUUGUGGUUAGCGAGAAUGCUGAUCAUUUAGAAGGGGAUUGGAAAGAAGAUCUCUCUAAUCUGACUCAAAACCCUCAUCUAGGUGGUUUGAAUCAAGAUUUUACCCAGGGAGCUAGACCGUUCCGUUCCCAAAGUCGACCCCUCUCGGCCGACGAUUCAGACGAUGAAAUCACUCUCAAAGCUCGCAAGAAAUCUUCGGAAGCUAGGAGCAAGAAAGCUGCGACGGGACGCGGAACUAAAUCAUCAGUAAAAUCACAGCCGCUGUUUCUGGAUGACGAUGACGACGACGACGACCCGUUCAACGCGAAGCACCACGAUUUCUCAGAUAUUGAAGAAAUUCAAGAAGUGGACCAGACUUUGCCCUCCUCAUUGGACCUGACAAAACGGCAAUCCCGGAGAGCUGCGAGGUCAAAGAAGCCCAUCAUUUUAGAUGAUGAUUCAGAUGAGGAUGCGUUCAAGGGAUUCAAAGGACGAAAACGCAGAUGAAAUUCCAUUUUUUCGAGGUUCCUUCUUUCGUAGCCUCGUAUCGCCUAUUUCGAAUUAUUUCAAGUAAUCCAAUGUUAACCAGUCUACGCGACCAUGCUCCUCCAUGCUCCUAUAUCUAUUUAGGAAUAUUUCGCUAUUGAAAUGCUAUUCCCGCUACCUCUUUAGAGGUUGAAGGGUCUUCUAGAGCGAGCUUUUUGAUUUUGCGAUCAAAUGGCUCACCACGUGUAUUUUAGUAAACACUUUUU